AUGUUUCAUCAAGUGGAUCCUUCAUCAUCAUCAUCUCCUCCCGAUAAUAGUGAAAGUAAUGACAAACAACAGGAACAUCAGCAAAUGAAUCAAUUGACGUUUAGUGGAGAUUGCCAUCCCAUUGCAUGUAUUCGAUGUAGAAAAUUGCAUAAAAAGUGUGAUAAGAAAUUAAGUGGAUGCUCAAAGUGUUUAGCAGUCGGAUCGGAAUGUGUUUACAAUACACCACAAAAGAGAGGAAAGGGUUCUGAAUUAUAUUCAUUAAAAUCAAAGGAUAAAUCCAAGUCAUCGUCAUCAUCAUCCGAUGAUACUAUUAAGAAAAAGACUUCCGAUGAUCAGAGUAGUACCGAUAUUACAAUGACCAAUAAUGCAAAUGGUAGUGCUGGAAUAUUUACAACUAAACCCUCUCCAAUUACACCUAUGAGGGUGAUUGAGUUGUACUUUACUUUCAUUUGUGGUAUUCAUCCUCUGAUUGAGAGGGCUAAACUUGUACAUUUUGUGAAUAAUUACUUGCAUUGUUUUGAGAGAGGGGAAGAUGUUGAAUUGCUUCAUAAUGAUGGAUGGAUAAAAUCAAAGGGGGAAUUGAGAUGUAUUUAUGCUUUCUAUUUGGGUAUUUUGACAUUGAGUUCACAACUGUUGGGUGAAUUGGACUAUGUGGAUUAUAUUUUGAGAAGGGCAGAAUGUGAAAUUGCAGCACUUUCUGUGGAUCAUAUCACACAGUUUUAUUGGGGUGCCUCUUGUCACUUGAUGUUUAUGACUUGUGUCGCAGAAGGAAAUCAAAUCAAAGCAAGCUAUUAUCAUACCCUUAUUAAUUUUUAUUUGGAUAACGAAAAAACCUUGAGAAAUAGAUUUUAUGCUAGUUUAGUCCAUCACAAGACUCUAGUUUCGGCCAGAUUUAUGAAAGAAUUGAAUAAUAUGGAAAAUCUGUUGGAUAACAU